AGGGUGGCAGCAGCGGGACACGAACACAUCGUACGGUUGAACCAAACCGUAGAAGAAGAGUUGGAGCAGCUGAAGCCGUCAGUCAGUUAUUUACAUUAAAUCACCAGAAAAUUAGCUUGAAAUGUGUUAUAUUGAUAUGCUAAUGUUCGAAGGACUUCCUUGAAUAGAUGUUUUUAAAUCUCUUUUUUUAAUAUAUAUAUCAGACUCCUUUACCGUUUAACGGUAAUGAUGCAUGAAGUUAGCUUAGCUUGUAGCUUUCAAUAGACGAUAACAGAAGGAGACAGGCCUUGAGGAGGAAAAAGAGAUUGAAACACACUUGUAGUGAGCGGAUUAUACAUUUAGUCUUUUUUAGAUGUUGAUGUGAAAUUCUAAAAAAUGUCUAAAGUCCAAAAACUGAGAGUUUUAGUGAACCAGAGACUGAGUGCAGCUGCUGAAGAGAUCUUUGAGCUGUUUGAAAGAACGAUAUUAGAGUACGAGGAGAAACUCUGUGGAUCGAAAGAGAAUCAACACAAACAACAGAUGAUGAUCACAGAGUUACACACAGACCUGACACAAACAACAGGUUUGUACCGUUUUAUUUUUAUGAAAACAGCUGUUUUCUUCUUUCCGUUGUUUAUGAUUUGAAUAGGGGAGAGUGGGGAAAGAUGAGACAUUUUUCAUAUUUCGGAUCACUACAUCAAGUCAGUGCUAGUUUUGUCUCUAACUAGUGUAUCUGCAUAUACAAGAUGUUCAUCCCUGCAAACCAACAGAAUGAGUUUAAACAGAACUGUCUUGAUAAUAUAACAUGCCAAAAAAGUGGUCUCCUAUACCUUCUCUCUGUCCCUAAAUAACAGUCACUUCUCCACAAUCAUUUUUACCCAUUAUACACUAUUCAACUGGUACAAUAAUUAUUUUUAUUCUAAUUACAUAUAACUGCUAAAAAGCUGUUUUCUAAAAUAAACAUUUAAACAUGAGAAUGUCCUUAAGUGAUGGGGGGGGGGGGUUAUAAUCAGUAAAUUUCAGUUUUCAAAAACCUGUUCGUUUUAUGAUCAGAUGUUCUUUUACACAGACACAGGUUUUUUUAAUUACCUUGCUGACAUGUUUGGACGUGCUGGCAGCAGUCUUCCUCAGAGUGUUAGGUGAUGGUUGUGUGACGCGUCUUAAAACAGCUGAUGUUUCUUAAGGUGUGACCUUUCCGUCAGUUUGACAGAUCAGUCAGCAAGGUAAUUAAAAAAACCUGUGUCUGUAUAAAAGAACAUCUGAUCGUAAUUUAUCAAAACAGACACAAUGAACCUAAUCCAAGAAUUGUGUUUGUUUGUUUUGGUGCACAGAUUCCCAGAAGCUGUUGAGUAAAGGAAAGGUUCUCCCUGAUCAGGAAAGGAGCCUCAUCCUGGACCAGGAGAACCCACCAAAACCACCACACAUUAAAGAGGAACAGGAGGAGGAACUGUGGAGCAGUCAGGAGGGAGAGCAGCUUCAAGAACAAGAGGAGGCUGAUAUCAUCAAAUUCACAUUUACUCCUGUCCCUGUGAAGAGUGAAGAAGAUGAGGAGGUGGAGGAGAAACCUCAGUCCUCACAGUCUCAUCGAACACAAACUGAAGAGGACAGAGAGGAAGAUUGUUUUAAAUUAGAGGCUGAUGGAGAGGACUACGAAGAAUCAGAACCAGACAGGAACUUUAACCCAGACAGUCAUUUACAACCACUUCCUUCACACUCUGAAUCAGAGACUGAUGAGAGUAGUUGUGAUUGGGAGGAAACCAGCGAACCUCAGUCAGAUGAGUUCAGUCUCAUUAACAAAGACGUGUCUGUCAGUGAUAUGGAAUAUAACACUGGAAAUACCUCUCUGAGCUCUGAAUGUGCUACAAGCUCGACUGAACCGCAGAAACAGAAAGGAAUCCAGACAGGAGUGAAACCGUUCAGCUGCUCAUUUUGUGGCAAAAGAUAUCCUCAGAAGAUCUCCUUAACGAAACACAUGAAACGUCACUCUGAGGGGACGUGUUACAGCUGCUCAGUUUGCCAGAAAAGUUUCCCUUGGAGAGGCGAGCUGGUGCGGCACAUGAGAAUCCACACGGGAGAGAAACCCUUCAGCUGCUCUUCAUGCGGCAUCGGGUUUUCCCAAAGGAUACAUUUGACCUCACAUUUAAGAGUUCAUACCGGAGAGAAACCGUUCACCUGCUCUAUUUGUCAAACAAGUUUCAGCAUCAGAAAGAAUUUGGGUAUACACAUGAGAAUCCACACGGGACAGAAACCCUUCAGUUGUACGGUUUGUGGGAAAAGAUUCACACGGCGUGGAGGUCUGACACGUCACUCCGUCGUGCACACGGGGGAGAAACCGUUCAGUUGUUCGUUCUGUGAUGAAAGUUUUGCUCAUCUUGUAACUCUGAAACGUCACUUGACUGUCCACACAGGGGAGAAACCAUUUAGUUGCAGCGUCUGUGACAAAAGAUUUGCUCGGCUUCAGUACCUUAAAAAACACAAGUGUGUCGUCGAGGGCGGCAUAAAUAAGUAGAGCUCAUGAACUUCACAAUAAGUUGCAUUAUCAGCUGAUAAGAAGCUGCAUUAUCAUUUCAGUUCUCUUUUAUUGCUUCUGUAUAAUUUAAUUAUUGAUGUACUGUGACUGUGGUUGUGCAUGCGUCAAUUUUAAAGUCAUAUUUAAAUAAUUAAACGGGAUAUACACAUACACACCAACAUAAUGCUGCUGUUGUUAAUAAAUGCUGUUUGACACUCA